AUGGCUAGGCAGCAGCAAAAGGUCGUCGCCGUUCUGGCAUUGCUCCUCUGUGCCGCCUCCGCCAUAGUAGAAUCAAAUGGUUUCACGUUCACGGUGGAUUUCCCCGAAAGGGUGUUCCGCGAGCUGUCGCGCCAGCGCCACGCCGCGGCCGCUCAGCCCGCUGCUGGCCCGUCGAUCUCGCCCGCGCAGCCGCCUUCUGGCUCGGCGCCCGCUCCGGCUCCGGCUCCGCUUGCUCCCGUCGUCGCCCCGGCACCCGGGCCGAUGAAUCCGGCGCUUUCCCCGUGA